UUAAUGUUUUCAUUAUUAUAUGUUAUUGUUUAUAUGCAAAUAUGGAACCUAUGGAAGUAUUAAGACGUGCUAUACAAACACGGCUGGGAGAAAGGAUGGUGAGCAUGAGUUCCACAUUAGUGGAAACUGUUUCAAUCAAUUAUGAAGAUUUUAACGAAAGUUUUUUAACCUGUGGCACAUGUUUAUGUAUGUACGAUGGCAGCGAACAUACACCAAAAUUACUCCAAUGUUCUCACACCGUAUGCCUCCAUUGUCUAACACGUAUAGCUGCAUCACAAACACGUGAUACUGGUACAUUCCGUUGUCCAAUAUGUCGAGAACUAAUUACAAUACCACGGGGUGGUGUUUCAGCAUUACCACCCAGUUUCUUAGUCAAUCAACUGUUAGAUUUAAUGUCACGUCAACGUCGUGAAGUCAUACCAAAAUGUUCUGUACACAUAAAUCAAGAGUUAUUGUUUUGUGAGACAUGUGACACAGUAUUUUGUACGUUAUGUACAGAGGGAUCACACAAUGAUACCAGUGGAACAUCUUGUGAACAUACAAUUAUACCAUUCUCGAUUGCAAUCAAACGGAUGUCUGAAAUACUUCUGUAUAAAGCAAAUGAAUGUAUUUCAAAAUUGACUCAAGCACAGGAAGGUGUAAACAGUGAAUUAGAACGAUUGGAUUCAGCAGCUGUUCGCUGUAUAGAACAAGUAAAUAGUACGUUUCAACAAGUGUCGGCUGCAUUAGAAAGUCGUCGUUUAGAAAUGGUAGCAGCUGUGAAUAGUUCGUGUCAAGAAAAACGACGCGUAUUGGAAGAGCAACAAGCGCUUAUUGAUGCAGAAAAAAGUAAGGUUGAACAAGAAUGUGAAGGUCUUCAAUACCAAGUGGAAGUUCGUAAUAUCACACAAAGAAUAAGUAGUUUAAGUGAAAAACUCGAUGCUGCAUCAACACUAGGUGAACCACGUGAAAAUGCAUUUUUAACAUGUGACUUCACACAUAACGAAUGUUUAAACACAAUCAACACAGCUUUAAAAACACUUGGACGAGUUCGUACCAGUACAACAUUUCCAAGUUUAUGUUCCGCACAAUUAGAUCCAAACACAUCAACAGUAGCUGGUUUAGAGGCAACAAUACUUUUAACCACAGUUGAUUAUCAUGGUGCACCACGUCAUAAUGGUGGCGACCCAAUUAAAGCCGAAAUUGUAUCUAUUGGUACCGAACAAUCGUCAUUAUCUACGGGGACACAAUUAAAAAUACAUGUUGUCGAUAUCGAUGAUGGUAGUUAUAAAAUACAUUUUCGUCCACCAACACCCGGUCGAUACGUCGCUAAAAUAUCAGUUUUGGAUCGUCCUAUCAGAGAUUGUCCGUUAUUCUUUAAUGUUACUGAACAUAAUAAUCCAGUAUGUGUGUAUGGAUGUCGUGGGUCGGGUAAAGAUGAAUUUUUACAACCGGUUGCUGUUGCAUUCGAUACACAAAAUAAUUUAGUUUACGUUGUCGAUACGGGUAAUUCACGUAUUAAAGUAUUAAAUUCUGAUUUAGAAUUUAUUAAACAUAUUGAAAAUGAUGGUUUAAAUGGACGUAGUUGUACAGGAAUUGCGAUAUCACAAGCUGGUUUAGUUAUUGUUAAUUGGCGAUCGAAAUGUGUAACCGAAAUGAAUAUAUCUGGUGAAACAUUGAAAACAUUUUCACAUAAUGAAUUUCAAGAACCAAUUGAUAUUGCCGUGGAUACGAAUUAUGGGCAUAUAUUAGUAGCGGAUAAUGGUGUUUCAAGCAUUUUUAUAUUUGACUGUGAUGGAAAAAUACUUUUCCAGGUUGGGAAGAAGGGGACUUUCAAUUUGAUCUCAUCAGUUACUGUUGGUUUGGGUGGCGAAAUUUUAGUAGCUGAUUCACGUAUACAAGUAUUUUCAGCAAAAGGUGAUUUUACUGAAGAAAUUUUUUCAGAAGGAAAAGGUAAAGGUAGAUACGGUGGUGUAACUGUCGAUUCAGAAGGACGAAUAUUAGCAAGUCGAUCGGAGAAAGGGCGAAAUUUUGUACAAAUAUUAGCAUCGACAAGUGGACAAUUAUUAGGUUCAAUCGAUUCAUAUGAAUCACGAUUAAAACGUCCUAGUGGUUUAGCUGUCACAAACGAUAAUCAUUUAAUUGUUGUUGAUCUUGGUAACGAUUGUAUUAAAAAAUAUCGAUAUUGUAACUCCAAGUUGGCCACAGAAUAUGAAAGUAGUUGUUGAAUACCAAUUGAUCCAAAUGCUAUAUUCGAAGUUCAUUUAAUUUAAUCCAGAAAAAUUUAUCAAACAAGUGAAAACAGGCUAAUUUUUUUUUGUAGAUAAACAUGUCAUACAUAUUAUUUUCCGAGAUCAAUUUGUAGCAUAUUUACAUUUGUGUAUUAAUUCGAAAUCAGCUUUAAUAAUAAAAAUGUGUUCCAUCCAUGGACACAAUACAAGGAUACUCAACUCAAACGAGAGAAUUGACAAAAUUUGUCAACGAAAUAGUGGAAAUUAUAGCGUCGCAGGUGCUCCUUUUGCACCGAUGUACAUUGCACGAAAUAAAUACGAACACACAUGAACGAAAUACUACAUAAAUGCAUCAUGUUUUUAAAACCAAACUCCCGCCUUACCCUCUUUCCUCUAUCACGGUAAAAAAGGAACACAAAUGCCAUCUUUGUUUUUGACAUAUGUUUGGUUACAUGGAGUUGAGUGUCCAUGGUUCCAUCUUUCCUAAUCCAUAAAAUAUUACAGACAUGAAAUUCUUCAUAAAUUUCUAUGAAAUCUGCUAUACAUAAAAUGUACGCUAUUAUUUCAUGGUUUUUUUUUCUCUGAUUCAGACGAAAUAAAGAUGACGUCAACUUGACCUUACCAUCAUAAAAUCACGAAGAAAAUGACUUAAUGUGACUAUCAUUUUCACCGCUCUGUAAUUUUCGUAGUUUAUUAUUUAAGUCGGAAACUAAAUUCAUAUCAAUUAAUAUUAUUUUCGUACAAACGGGAGAAACACAAAAAAAAAUAUUUUAAAGAAUUUAGUAUUCCAGUCUAUGAAAUAUUUGAGACCAAUUCACAAGUGAGAAUGCAUUUUGAAGUAAAUGUUUAUUACAAAUUAAAUAACAGACAU